AUGCCUCAAAUAGAGCGCAACGAACCCUUUUUACAAAGACUUGUGGAGUCUUUUAGAGCUUUUCUAGAUGAAUCUGUUGUCAGAGCCGUAGCAAGUGACUAUGAACUCUGCAAAAAACCUGACUUUGCCGCGGCCAUCGAAGUCCUCCAAAGCCUGUCCGAAAAUGUAGUCGCUGAGGAGAACAGCGGCUUCAAUCCCAGCGGUGUUGCUGGGUUCCAGGACGGCGAGAGCCAGGACGCAAUAGACGCGCAGACGCUCACGUCCGCGACCAGCCUCAGUCAGCACCUCUCUGGCAACCAGGAAACAAACUCAACCAGCUCCGCAUCGACAUCUGAUCCCGCUGACGCAACGUGGGUAGCACCGCGGGUGACUUCAUUCAACAACGACAGCAAGGAGGAUAAAAUCCUCCAACUGCAUGCCAUGUUUCCCGAACUGAAGACAUUUGACGUCGAGUAUGCCCUCAAGAAGUACAAUAAUGAUUUUCAGUCUGCACUGGAUCAUCUACUCAACAUGCAGUACCUUGAGGAAACCGGGCAGCAAACCAAGGGUAUUGAUGGAUUUGUGCAGCUCAAGGAACCCCAGAAGCGCAAGGGAAAAGGCAAAGGGCGCAAGCGAAGAGAGCCCUCGCCAGACACAAAAAAUGCUGUUCCCGCAGAACUCAUCCGUGAAGCCAAGGAGCAAUCAGACAUCGGCUAUAUUGCAGAGCGGUUCAAUCUCACUUUUGAUUCCGUCUCGGAGACGUACUAUGAACACGACUGCUCGUCCCCAGAGACGGUGGUUGCGCUUCUGGACCAGCGAAUUUCGCAGGACCCCAGCCUCGCCGAUGAUGACUCUCUACUAGAAGCUGUCACCAUCUUGUCGCGCAAGUAUAGGCAAGUCCCCGAAAAUUACCUACAGGCCAUCGUCAGCGCCACCAACUCGAUCAUUCCCUUCUCGGACGACCUAGCUCAGCUCGUCAACAAACAUUUCGCGCGGUCCAAGAAGAACAAAGGCCAAAAAUUAAUGCUUGGCAACAUUAUGACGCCCCUACCCCGUGACGAGAUCGAGGGCUCGACUUCUCCCAGUCCUUUGGGCUCGCCCAACCGACCCGCGUGGGCUCUCUCCCCCACGAAGCCAGCAACUGCUUCCUCGCCGCUCGUCGCCAUCGCCGGAGCCGGCGGCAGCUUUGCAGACGCCAUCAAGGCCUCGCAGGCCCUGCAACACGCGCGGCGCGAGGCCUCCGCCUCGGCCGUCCACAUGCACCGCAAGGGGGCCUCGCAUGGGCUCUACCGUCAGGCGGCAGCCUACUACGCCGAACAGGCCCGCGGGCACGCACGCGACGCGCACGCGGCGACGUCCGCCGCCGCCGACCUCCUGGUCGACGAACAGAGCUACGGGCGGAGCAUCGACUUGCACGGCGUCUCGGUGCGGGAUGGCACGCGCAUCGCGCGCCAGCGUGCCGCGGACUGGUGGGCGCAGCUGGGUGAGUUCAAGGCCCAGGAGGCCAGGACAAGCCCUCUGGCUAUCAUCACAGGACUUGGCCGCCACAGCGCGGGUGGCGUCUCGCAGUUGAGGAGAUCCGUGGCCGCGGCUCUCCUCCAAGACGGCUGGAAGAUGGAGGUGGGCACUGGACAGUUCAUCAUCACUGGGCGACGCUGA